AUGUCUUCCAUCACCGCCGGCACAGCCACUCCACGUUCAUGUAGAUCCAAACCUCAACAAACUCCCAAACACACCGAGAAUCUAAACCCUAAUGUUUCCCCUUCUCCCAAAAAGGUUCAGAAACAACCUAGAAACCCUAAUUCCCCUCAAACGAAAAUCCGGCAGCGGAAAUUCGUAGCGGUGAAGAAGAAACACGAGGACGAUGGUGGUUCCGGUUCGAAUUCGACGAUGGUGGCGCAUUGUAACUGUAAAGAGAAGAAGUGUGUUUGUGUUGCUUAUCGGAAUCUAAGAAAGUCUCAGGAAGAUUUUUUCAAGAAUCUGAAUCAUGAUGUAGAUAAUGAAGAAGAAGAGGAGAAAGUUGAUGAUGAAAUUGAGAGUGAUUUUGUUGAGAAAGUUGAUAAUGAAGGUGCUGUGAAGAGAAGUAGGGAGAGAUUGAGGGAAGAGGUGAGGGAGAGUGUUGCGCAAAUUGGAUCGGGGAAGGUUAUGAGUUUGGUUCAGGCUUUUGAGAAGCUUUUAUUUGAACCGGAUUCCAAGGAUGAGGAUGAAAAACAGGUGAAGGAAGAUGGAGAGAAUGUUAGGGUUUCUGGUUCUUCGUUUUGUGCUGCGGAUUUGAUUUUGACAUGUCAAAAUCUUGGACUGGAUCCUAAUGCUUCUGUUUCUUCUUCUUUGGAUGGCGGCUCUCGUCGAAGUUUGACUUCUAAAGGAGGGAGACGUAGCAGGAGAAAUAGCUUAGAAUCAUCAACCACCACUCUUGGGGGAAGGAGAAGGUUGAGAAAGAAGCUUCCAAAAGUCACCCGUCCAGAACCAUUUAAGCUUCGAACUGACCAAAGAGGAAAGAUUAAAGAAGAGGAAUUUGAACAAAAGGUGCAACAGAUGAAGACAGAAGAAGAGAAGCAAAGGAUUCCUGUUGCACAAGGUCUUCCUUGGACAACCGAUGAACCCCAGUGUUUGGCAAAACCUCCCGUCAAGGAAAUUACAAUACCUGUUGACCCGAAGCUUCAUACUGACAUGCGGGCGUUGGAUCGUGCUGGGUUUGAUGAACAAGUAGCAGAAAAAUUGCUCUUCAUAGAACAAUAUAAAUUGGAAAGGGAGAGGCAGCAAAAGUUGGAAGAAGAAGAAGAAAUCAAAAGGUUGCGGAAAGAACUUGUUCCAAAAGCCCAACCUAUGCCAUUUUUCGACAGACCCUUUAUCCCAAGGAGGUCGGUGAAGUGUCCUACUCUACCUAAAACACCGAAGUUUCAUAAGAAGGUGAAGUGCAGCGCAUCAUCAUCAUCAUGGAGUGACAUGAACUCCUCAUCCGGCCUCAAUUAA